AUGGCCUCUUCUGCUCCCCCCGCGGCCGGCCCGGCCUCGUCCCCCUUUGACCCCUUCAACCAGACGUUCUAUCUCACGGGCCCCGACAACACGACCGUCCCCGUUUCGGUGCCCCAAGUCGACUACAUCUGGCACUACCUCAUCGGCACGAGCAUCAACUAUGGCAGCCAGAUUGGCGCCUGUCUCCUCAUGCUGCUCGUCAUGCUGACCCUGACGUCCAAGUCGCGCUUCUCGCGCGCCGCCACCCUCAUCAACGUCGCCUCUCUGUUGAUUGGCGUGAUCCGCUGCGUGCUGCUCGCAGUGUACUUUACGUCGUCGCUGACGGAGUUCUACACCCUCUUCGUCGGCGACUACAGCCAGGUGCGGCGCUCGGACUUGUGCGUCUCGGCCGUGGCCACCUUCUUCUCGCUGCCCCAGCUGGUCCUGAUCGAGGCCGCGCUGUUCUUGCAGGCCUACUCGAUGAUCAAGAUGUGGCCGUCCUUGUGGCGCGCCGUGGUCUUGGCCAUGUCCGUGGUCGUCGCCGUGUGCGCCAUUGGCUUCAAGUUCGCGUCGGUGGUGAUGCGCAUGCGCGCGACCCUGAACUUGGACGACUCCCUCGAUUUCUGGCUCGUCGAGGUCGACCUUGCCUUCACGGCCACAACCAUCUUCUGGUUCUGCUUCAUCUUUAUCAUCCGGCUCGUCAUCCACAUGUGGGAGUACCGCAGCAUCCUUCCGCCCAUGGGUAGCGUGUCCGCCAUGGAGGUGCUCGUCAUGACCAACGGUGUCCUGAUGCUGGUGCCGGUCAUCUUCGCUGCGAUCGAGAUCAACGGGCUCUCGUCGUUCGAGUCUGGUUCGCUCGUCUAUACGUCCGUCAUUGUCCUGCUGCCUCUUGGCUCGCUCAUCGCCCAGGCCAUGACGCGCCCCGACGGCUACGUCCAGCGCACAAACACCAGUGGUGCCAGCGGCGCGUCCGGCGCCCACCCUGGCCGCAAUGGUAGCGGCCAUGGUGGUCACGGCGGCGCCUACAGCCGUGCCAUGACCAACACGCUCAACACGCUCGACACGCUCGACACCGUGGACAGCAAGAUAGGCAUCAUGCACCACCACCACCACCACAGAAACCACAGCAACGGCAUGAGCAAGAACAAUGCCAACUCCGGUACCUGGUCGCACGCGUCGGACGCUAACAGCACCAACGCCAUGAUCGCGGGCGGCAUUGCCACGCAGGUCCGCAUCCAGGCCAACCAGUCCAGCCUGGGCAAUGCGGGCAUGUCUGGCGGAUCUGGGGCGCCCAACAGCCACACACGCAACAACAGCCUGGCCGCCAUGGACCCCGUUGAGAAGCAGCUGCAUGACAUUGAUGCAACACCGCUGUCGGCAAGCGAUUGCCGCGUGUGGGUCGACCGCGAGGUGGAAGUGCGGCGGGACAUGGUGUGA